UUCCCAUCAAGAAACAAAUAUACUCUUCCUCAUUUCCUCACCGAAGGUACAGUUCGGGCGACCGCCGGCAAUCCGUCCGUUGUCAUUCCCUACGGAGACGUAGUUCCCUUUUCACCCAAGGUAUACUAAUUGAAGUUUUCAGACGUCAUUGCCUCUGCUUCUCUGGGGCUGUGGCUGUAGCUGCAAUUCUGCAAACCGUAAUUGCCAUGAAGGUUGCUGGAUUGAACAAGCAGAAAGACAAUUUUUCACGUUUCUUCGUGAUAUUCUAUGUCUAGCACCAUUUCCAGGAAGAAUAUAUUACUUGCAACGGUAAACCAAGCCACUUCCCAUGUUAUAUUUAGAAAUUACCUUUGCUGUUUUUCUGCCUUCUGUAGUCACUCUCUGGUGAGGCAGUACCAUUUCAUUCGAGAAAGGGAUUUUGAUCAGGGACAAGAAUGCAUAGAUUUGAAAAGAGAUUUCGAUUUUCAUCUUCUUAUGCAUAAAAUUAAUGGUGUAAACAGUGAAGAUGAGGUUUUUCAGGUUCUCAUGCAAGACCCUGCUUGUGAUGCUACAAAGAUAACUGAUGAACUUAUUAAUAGGCUGCUGCACAGGUUAAAGGAUGAUUGGAAGUCUGCAUUGGGUGUUUUCAGAUGGGCAGAAUUACAUCGAGGCUAUAAGCCCUUGCCAAAUUUAUAUGAUAAAGUGGUGGACACAUUGGGAAGAAUGAAACAGAUGGAAAAGAUGUGUGCUUUUGUAGAUGAAAUGAACAUGGCUCAUCUUGUCUCGCUUAGUACCAUAGCAAAGGUUAUGAGAAGAUUUGCUGGUGCAGGAGAGUGGGAAGAUGCUGUAAGGAUAUUUGAUGAGUUGGAAAAGUUCGGGUUGCAGAAGAAUACAGAAUCCAUGAAUUUGUUAUUUGACACACUUUGCAAAGAGAAAAAAGUUGGGCAGGCUCGGGAAAUUUUCUUGAAGCUUAAAUCGCACAUCCCCCCAGAUGCUCGUACUUUUAACAUAUUUAUUCAUGGUUGGUGCAAAAUUAAUAGGGUCGAAGAGGCACACUGGACAAUUGAAGAGAUGAAAGGUCAUGGUUUUCGGCCCACUGUUAUCAGCUACUCAACCAUUAUUCAGUUCUACUGCCAUCAAUUUAACUUCAGUAGGGUGUAUGAGCUGCUUGAUGAAAUGAAAGAUCAAAAGUGCACCCCAAAUGUUGUGACUUUCACCACAAUCAUGCAUUCAUUAACGAAGUCUGGGGCACUUGAGGAAUCCUUGCGGAUAAUUGAUAGAAUGAAAUCUGUUGGAUGUAAAGCUGAUACACUGUUCUACAAUGCUUUUCUUUAUACUUUAGGCAGGGCUGGACGAAUUAGUGAUGCUAUUCAUGUUUUCAAGGUAGAAAUGCCCCAGAUGGGGGGCCCAAGUACAUCAACGUACAAUACAAUGAUUUCAAUGCUUUGUCAGCAGGAACGAGAAGAAUUGGCGUUGGAGUUUCUCAGGGAUAUGGAAAAGUCGACUUAUUGUAAGCCUGAAGUGCAGACAUAUUUUCCUCUGCUCAAGGCAUGCUUUAAAGGUGGAAACAAAGAUGAUCGCUUGAGUAUGCUGCUGGAUGAGAUGUCUAGCAAGCAUCAUCUGAGUUUUGAUUUGUCAACUUAUGCACUUCUGGUCCAUGGGCUGUGCAAAGUAAAUAAACCUGAAGAGGCAUAUAAUUACUUCACGAAAAUGAUAGCUCAAGACAUAACCCCUCGAUAUGUUACCUGUCGCUUGCUCCUGGAUGAACUUAGACAAAACAAGCAUGAUGCUGCUACAAGGGUUGAAGACUUCAUGAAGAAAAUGAAAUCCUCUUGACCAUCAACAUUUCUUGGUAUUGUGCUUUUAUGCCCUCAAUUAACUAGCUAACACUCGUACCAUAUAAAUCCACACAA